AUGGCCACUCAUAGAAAUUCUCUAAAUUUCACUUUAUGGAACGCAAUUAGCGUAAAGAAUAAAACAAUUGAACUUCACAAAUUUCUCAUUGAUCAUAACAUAGAUAUUGCUACCUGGAAUCUGACAUCUUCAAACUGCCAAGCUAUAACAUUUACAGGAAAGAUGAAUCCCUCACUACUGCAAACAAACCAAGAGAAAGGGUAUUCUUCCCAAGCCAUAUUCAAAGACAUCUCUCAACCUACCUCCCUUAACAUAGAAUAUAUAUCAAUAAAAUUGAAAACCACAUCAAGACUCAUCAUAGGUACCGCAUACGUAGCCUCGAAAAACAAAAUAAACCAAACCGAUAUCGAUAACAUUAUCCUCCUUUUCGGUACAGGACAUAUUUGGCGUUGA